AUGUUGAAUCCUCCCUCGUUUACUUCUCGUGCACAUCAUCAUGUCACUCAAGGGGUGGUGACUCAUUCCAACCCAAUGGUCACCCAAGCACUUGGAAUGUGGCAACAACCACCUCUACACGAUGAAAGAGAAAAUGAAGUCGGUACUUCUUUCAACAAUCCGAUAUUACUGUUGGAAGAGAGUGUUGAAGAGUUACAAUAUCAGGAACUAUUUCAACAAACAUCCAAUGUAAGAAGAUAUAAUGCAGUUGGUACUCGCUAUAAUCCAAUAGCCAUCGAUGAUGAACUUACACUUCCAACAAAAAAGUAA